AUGGACAUGACUGAUGCUGUGAUUGUGAAAUCUAGUAGGUUGAAAUCUGUUGUAUGGAAUGACUUUGACAGGAUUAAAAAAGGCGACACAUGUGUGGCUGUUUGUAGGCAUUGUAAAAAGAAGCUGAGUGGAUCAAGUACGAGUGGAACAUCACAUUUAAGGAACCAUUUAAUCAGGUGUCAGAGAAGGUCUAACCAUGGUCUAGCGCAAUACAUUACAGCAAGAGAAAAGAGAAAGGAAGGGACUCUUGCAAUUGCAAAUUUUAAUUUGGAUCAAGAUUCAAACAAAGAUGAUACCCUUAACCUUGUGAAUAUCAAAUUUGAGCAGGCACAGUUGAAAGAUGAAUCUCUCAACACUGGAAGUAGUAACUUUGAUCAAAGACGUAGUCGAUUUGAUCUUGCCCGCAUGAUUAUUCUACACGGAUAUCCAUUGGCCAUGGUUGAACAUGUUGGUUUCAGAGCUUUUAUAAAAAACCUACAGCCCUUGUUUGAGCUUGUUACAUUGAAUCGGGUUGAGGCUGAUUGUAUUGAGAUAUAUGAGAAAGAGAGGAAAAAGAUGAAUGAGAUGUUUGAUAAAUUACCUGGAAAGAUCAGUCUUAGUGCUGAUGUGUGGAUUGCAAUGGAUGAUGCUGAGUAUUUGUGUUUGACAUCAAAUUACAUUGAUGAAUCAUGGCAGCUAAGAAGGAGGAUAUUAAAUUUUAUACGGAUUGAUCCUUCUCAUACUCAAGACAUGCUUUCACAAGCUGUGAUGUCUUGUUUGAUGGAUUGGGAUAUUGACCGUAAAUUGUUCUCCAUGAUUUUAGACAGUUGUUCUACCUGUGAUAACAUUGCAUCUAGAAUCGGUGAGAGACUUAUGCAAAAUAGGUUUCUUUAUUGCAAAGGUCAAUUAUUUGAUAUACGCUGUGUUGCCGAUAUUCUUAAUGUCAUGUCUCAGAUUGCUUUGGGAGGUAUAAGCGAGAUAGUCAAUAAGAUUCGUGAAACUACUCGAUAUAUUAAAACUUCACAAACUGUACUGGGAAAGUUCCAUGAGAUGGCUAAAGAAGUCGGGAUCAUGACUCAAAAAUGCUUAUUUCUAGAUAACCCAAUGCAAUGGAAUUCGACAUAUUCAAUGCUUGAAGCUGCUUUAGAAUUCAAGGAUGCUUUAAUUCUUUUGAAAGAAAAUACGAAUGACUGUAAUAUCUCUUUAUCUGAAGUAGAGUGGGAGAGGCUCUCUUUAUCUGAAGUAGAGUGGGAGAGGCUCACCACAGUUACCGGCUACUUAAAGCUUUUUGUCGAGGUUAUAAAUAUUUUCACAAGGAGCAAGUAUCCAACUGCAAAUAUAUAUUUCCCUGAGCUCUGUGAUGUUAAGUUACAUUUGAUAGAAUGGUGCAAGAAUUCAGAUGCGUGUAUCAGUUCUUUGGUGUUGAAGAUGAGAAGCAAGUUUGACGAGUAUUGGGAAAAAUGUAGCUUGGGGUUGGCAGUUGCUGCCAUGUUAGACCCUCGAUUCAAGAUGAAGUUGGUCGACUAUUAUUAUCCCCAAAUCUAUGGUAGCAUGUCCGCAAGUCGGAUCGAAGAGGUCUUCGAGGGUGUGAAGGAUCUUUACGGCGAACAUUCCAUAGGUUCGCCCUUAGCUUCUCAUGACCAAGGAUUAGCCUGGCAAGUUGGUAACGGUGGUAGUCCACUUUGCUUGCCGUGGUCUGCAAAGGACUCAAGAGACAGGCUGAUGGGGUUCGACAAAUUCCUCCAUGAAACUUCUCAAGGCGAAGGUGCAAAAUCAGAUCUAGAAAAGUACUUAGAAGAGCCUCUCUUUCCGCGAAACGUUGAUUUCAACAUAUUAAACUGGUGGAAAGUUCACACUCCGAGGUAUCCGGUCUUAUCCAUGAUGGCCCGAAAUGUUUUAGGAAUCCCAAUGUCAAAGGUUGCACCGGAGUUGGCGUUUAAUUAUAGCGGAAGGACCGUUGACCGUGAUUGGAGCUCACUUAGUCCGGAUACUGUCCAAGCUUUGGUGUGUUCACAGGAUUGGAUAAGGAGUGAACUGGAAAACUAG